UCGUCGACUCCUUCUCUUCCCUUCCAUUCCAAUUACCAUCCUUAUCUGAUUUCCCUUUCCCUCUUCCUCCUCCUCCUCUUUCUUUCGUUCUUUCUUUCUUUUAUACGCGCUUUAUAGUUUCUCCCCUUUGCGAAGCUUCUAGAAUCUUGGGUUUCCGAUCCAGCAGUUCCAGUGCGGCGAUCCCAUGAAUCACCGGGCGGAGUCAUCGCCGACGGCAGCGGCAGAGGAGGAGUCUCCGCCUCCUCAACCGCCGGCACUCGAAGGGCACCAGCGCUCCAUUCCGACGCCUUUCCUCACUAAGACGUACCAGCUGGUGGACGAUCCCUCCAUGGACGACGUCAUCUCGUGGAACGACGAUGGCUCCACCUUCGUCGUCUGGCGGCCAGCGGAGUUCGCCCGCGACGUCCUCCCCAAAUACUUCAAGCACAAUAACUUCUCCAGCUUCGUCCGGCAGCUGAACACCUACGGUUUUCGGAAGAUCGUACCAGAUCGAUGGGAAUUCGCCAACGAGUGUUUCCGCCGCGGCGAGAAGCGGUUGCUCUGCGAGAUUCACCGUCGGAAAAUCUCGCCGACGCCUCCAACGACCGCGGCGACUCCGCCGUCGGCGCCGCCCCCCACGAACCCCGUCGGAUCGCCGGUCAACUCCGGGGACGAGCCGAUUAUCUCCUCGACCUCCUCUCCCAGCGGCGUGCAUGUUCCCGCCGCCGAGCCGACCGAGCUCAAGGAGGAGAACGACCGGCUUCGGCUCGAGAACAAGAGCCUGUGCCGGGAGCUGUGCCAGAUGAAGAGUCUGUGCAACAGCAUCUUGCAGCUCAUGUCCAGGUACGCUCCCAGCUGUCGGCACAACGCGGCGACGAGCAGCGGGGGCGGAGAUGGAUCAACCUCGGCGGCAGCAGAGGAGCUGGACCUGGCGUUGCGGGGAUCGCCGAUGGAGGAGGACGGGGAGGAAGAGACGGCGGAGUCGGAAGCAGCGGCGAAGAAGAAGAUGAAGGCGGAGGUGUGCUCGACGAGCACGAGGCUCUUCGGCGUCUCGAUCGGGUUCAAGAGGAACCGCGUCGAAGGAGGCGCGAAUUCGAAAUCGUCGCCGGACACGAAGAAGCUCGGAGAUCAGUAACGGCAUUGGACGGUCGCCGUUAAACGCCGACUAGUCAAACGGCGACAGCACGUGCCCGAAAUGUCCAGGUCACGUGCACGCCGAAGGCACUUACGGGAGUUUUAAGAUUUCUAUAAAAAAAAAAAAAGUUAAAUUAAGAGUAAUUUGCGAGGAAAGUGAUUUUGCGAGGAAUUAGUUAAUUGUUCUGAUGGACAACAGUUGUCAUAGAAUGAUUGUGUGUUUAUUGUAUGUAAAUUUCACUCA